AUGGGUCAAGACCGCCCGGCGAUGGACCGUGACGGCCAUGUAUCCAGCACGUAUAAUAUUCCAAAUUUUCUCGGCGCUUUUGAAGCGGAAGAGAAGGUGAAAUCGCUUUUUGGGAGCGGUAAAAUCAGCAGAGAGAAGUUACCGCGGGACGAAGAAGAAAGAGGAGUAGAAGAAGAAGAAGAGCAAACGCGGGAUGCGGAGAACAACAAUAACAACGGAGGCGGGGGAGAGGACGGCGGGGUGGACGCUGUCCAGUCCAUGAAGGAGGAGUUGCUUGCUCCAACAUCUCCCUUGGACCGCACGAGUCCGGACGGUCAAAUGCAGGGCGGCGAGGAGGUUGGGCAAGGUGACAUAAACGCCGUUUGCGACGAUAACGAAAAACCGGGGCGCGGCGAGGUUCAAAACGAGCCUCCCCCCGUGGAGUUAACCCCAUCGGACACUGGGCGAGUUGAUAUACUUUCCCUUUUGGAAACUAAUCGAGAAAAAUGUGAUACUAGCCUAAAUCCGGACGUGACACCAAGAGUUAAUGAUCAUAUUUAUUGCACUGUCUACUGUAUCGCCAACGAGGAACAGCAUAACACUGAUAUACCCCAAGUUUGGGGCAAUGAACUGACUUCCGGGUUGGACGGGGGGCUCGUUUUAUACACCGAGGAGGACCUGGUGGACCCACUGCGCGGGGCUUCAUUACUACGAGCGGGGACCGACGCAGACGUCGAGGCACAACUGUGUCGGGUGUGUCUGGAGGAGAAAACUAUCGUACCCUUGCCAUGCUGCCGGAAGUUGGUGUGUGACGAAUGUUUGACACUGUACGUCACUUCUCAGGUGCAAGAAGCCAAGGCGUCUAUCCGCUGUCCUAUCUCGGAGUGCAGCGGGAUGCUGGAGAACGCCGCUGUAGAGUCGUGGCUUGGCCCCGAGGACGUGCUGCGCUACCGCUAUUUCUUGGAGCUGAGUCAGCUGGACAGCAGUACCAAGCCCUGCCCCCGCUGCAGACGAUUCACCUCGCUCGAACGAGCCAGUCCUGCGCGCUCCGAGCAGAAGUACAAGAUCCAGUGCAGCGACUGUCAAUUUGUGUGGUGCUUUAAAUGCCACGCUCCGUGGCACCAAGGCAUCAAGUGCCGCGACUACCGAAAGGGCGACAAACAGCUGCGAAGCUGGGCGUGCGUCAUCGAACGAGGACAACGCAACGCGCAGAAAUGCCCAAAGUGCAUGAUCCACAUUCAACGCACUGAAGGAUGCGAUCACAUGGUGUGCACGCAGUGUAACACUAAUUUUUGUUAUCGCUGUGGUGAGCGCUACCGUCAACUCAGGUAUUUCGGGGAUCAUACGUCCAACCUGAGCGUGUUUGGCUGCAAGUAUCGCUAUUUGCCAGAUAAACCGCAUCUCAGACGCUUUAUUCGAGGGUCCAUCUGUGGCGCAAAAGUGUUACUGGCUCCGUUGGUGUUGUCGCUGGUACUGGUCUUGGGAGCCGUGGCGCUGGUCAUAGGCUUAAUUGGCUUCCCCUUCUACUACGUGUGCAAAAAGAGAAAAAGGCGCGCCACCUCUUCUUUAGGCUCCUGGCGCUUUUGA